AUGUCUUCUCUACCAAGCAUUGCUCGGAGGCUCCUCUUUUACACGCGCCCGUAUGACUUAACUCGAGAUACGACUUUGCUUUUGUCCUUUGUGUCGGCGGAUCCUCAUGAGUUAUACAAGGACCUUUAUCCUACCGCUUGGAAGCUAGGACAGUUGACACGAUUGAGUACAAAUGCGGAAGGUUUUGUUCAUUGGACGCUACCCACAGCCCAAAAAGCUGGUUCUGAUAAAAAUCAGCCGAGAGGGACGCUCAAGGCGAUUAACGAUACUCAAGAACAAAAAGAUAUAUGCAUUGGCACUAUCGACAAUGACAAGUCGGGGUUUUCGCCAAUGAUAUGUUGGCCUAAUGGUGCAACAGCGGCCGUCGAUUUUUUGCCGCAUCUAAAUGUGUAUGCGUAUUCGGGUUUAAAGGAGACCGACCUGAUUCGUGGUGAAGUUGAAAACUUUCUGGGAAACUGGGACCUCUCUUCACUGCAAAAUGCACCCACCGAUAAUCGAUUCCACUUGUUUGAAGACAAGAACGAUGGUCAAAGAUCCAGCAGGCUACUGCCUCCUUCUCCGCCCAAACACUGGUUCUGGGGCAACAAGGACAUCGUUAGCCAGCCGUACCGAUUCGUAACCCUGGGCACGAAAUACAAAGAUACUCUAGGGGACAUCAUUACUACCACUACACCAUUCGACACGUUCAUUACCAUCAACAGCAUAGAAUUGGCCACUGAACUACUGGAGAAACAUGCAUCUGUCAGUGCCAACCGACCAGGCAAUUUCAUGAUUCAAGAUCUCCUUGGAUGGUCAGAAGGAGUAUCCUUCCAUCAACACGACGAAUGGCACAAGAAACAAAGGCGCAUACUGGCUUCAGCGUUGCACCCCACAGCUGCGCGAUCUUACGAGCCACAACACCUAGAUUCGACACUUGAGCUACUCAGACGCAUCUCACAGGACCAAAAGUCAUUCCAGAAGCAUGUUAGCGAUAUCGUCGGCGAUUUCAUUUUGCGGCUGGCUUAUGGUUAUACGCCUAGCCAAGAUGACACAAGCCUUGCCAGUGUGCAUCGAGCAUUCUCGUACUUGGCCAAGGCUUCGGCGCAAUAUUUUCUCGUCAACGAUUUCCCCAUUUUGAGGUAUCUUCCCGCUUGGUUCCCUGGUGGGGGGUUCCAGACAUUUGCUAAAGAAGGAAGGGAGUCCCGAGUCAUGUAUGCGAAUACGCUGUUUGAUACGGUGUUUGAACAAGUGCGUAAUGGCGGGGCGGAAAAUCCCUCGUACGCUUCGCAGUUACUCGAGGCCAAAGGAGGGGCGAAUAUCACCGACAUGGACAUGGAAUUGACCAAGUGGACUGCGGCCUCGCUGUUCACAGGAGGCUCUACCACGACUGUUGGGUUGAUAUGGGCGUUCAUAUUAAUGGUAUCGCUUCACCCUGAGACCGCCAGGCUCGCACAAGCAGAGAUUGAUAGUAUAGUUGGAAGAGAGCGGGUACCGGAACUGAAAGAUCGGGAAAAUAUGCCGUACACAGAAGCGGUACUACAGGAAGUAAUGAGACUCUGUCCCGUUGUCCCAUUGGGUCUGCCUCAUACCACUACAGAGGAUAUCCAACUCAGAGGAUAUCUAAUUCCAAAGAAUUCGACCAUCAAUCCCAACAUCUGGGCCAUGCUUCGCGAUCCAAAGCACUUUUCCUCCCCGCACACGUUUGAUCCGUCCCGCUACCUAAAGCCGGUACCUGACCCCGAUCCCCGCAAGUACAUCUUUGGUUUUGGCCGACGUGUAUGUCCCGGACAGCACGUAGCCAACAAUGCUACUUGGACCAUGUGCGCUGGUAUCCUGUCGGUUUUCGACAUACAGCCCGGCUUGGAACUGCUCUCAAAAGUUGAGCAACUUGGGGGCCCUGGAUCUGUGCAAAUGCAUAAGCUAUUUCAGCCGUACCUGGUAUAUGAUCCGCUUCCGUUCCCUUGCAGUCUUGUUCCUCGUGACCAAGCAGCUUUAGAUUUGUUGUCAAAUAGCACCCUUUAG